AUGGUCGCCCCCGCGCCGAACAACAAAACCCCUCCGCGCGGAGUUAGAGCAGCAGGCGCGGGGGGGGCGCAUGCAGGAGGGCCAGGCAUGGGCGCGGGGAGGGGCGGGCGGGGGAAGCUUCCCCACUCGUCUUCCGUCGGCGGACCGGACGGCGGAAUGCGCAGGGGGGUGGGCGCGGGGGUGGAAGACCCCUUGGCGGAUCAAUUCGGGCGGAGCAUGACGGUCGGAAAUAAAGCGCCCACUCCGCGCGGACCUGGUGCGGGGAGAGGCGCUGGCGGAGGCGGGCAGUUUGGCGGCGGAGAGCCGGAGAUCGGACGGUCGUUGACUGCCACUGACGGCCGGCACCGGUCGCCGUUAAGACAGAACCCGCACGCGACGGGGGGAAUGGGCGUUGGGGGGAUGAUCACCCCGCGGAGGACCCAGGCGCAGCAGAUGGUGGCGGGCGGAGGGCGCGGCGGAAUGGGCGGAAUGGGGGGAAUGGGGGCGGGUCCGGGCAGUCCGUACCGCCAACGCGCGGGGAGCGGGUUUUCGCAAGGCGGGUACAUGGAGGGCGGCGGAGAGUACACCGACGAAAGCGACGGGAUGUACGGCGAAGACGGUUACCACCAGAACAUGCAACGGUCGCGAUCCACCGGCAUGGGGAUGAUGGGCGCAGGCGGGCGCAUGGCGGGCGGGGGAAUGGCCAUGGGGGGAAUGGGCGGCGGAAUGCCCCCGCAUGCGCCUGGCGGAAGGGGAAUGGGAGGAGGGCGCGUGAGUAUGGGGGAAGAGCACUACUAUACGUCGGACGCGUCGGAAGGGGGGGUCGGCGGGGGAGCGUAUCCGCGCAGCCGGUCGGUUAAUCCGCGCUUAGAGGGCGCGGGGGACGCGGGGGGGAUGGCGCCGCAGGGGAAGGCGGGGAAGGCGGAGGUGGACCCGUCGGAACUCCCCAUGCUUCCCCCUCCGGGCAGCCCGCAAGUUGUGCAGGCAAGAGCUCUCGCGCACUUACUCUUCCCUUGGCAUUCAGAGCGUCUCACUCCCUUUCCCCCAAUCCCUCUUUCCCUCCCCAAUCCCCACCCCUCCUCCCCCUUUCCCCUCCACCUCUCUCCUUCGCUUCUCCUGUUCUCCCGUCCUCCUCUCCCUUCUCUCCUCUCCUCCCGUCUUCGCCCCUUCACCUCCCCCCCACCAGUGUCAGCGUUGCUCUCAGCCAUUGGAAUUCCCAGCAGCGUUCCCGCCGGCCAAGAAGGGCAUUCAGAAGCUGCGCUGCAGCAAGUGCAUGCGCGUCUCACUCCCUCUCUCCUCCCUCUCUCCCAACCCCUCCCUCUCCUCUCCCCUCUCCAUCCCUCUUUUUCCCUUCUCCUCUCCCCUCUCUCCCAUCCUCCCCUGUUCGCCCCUUCACCUCACCCCCACCAGUGUCAGCGCUGCUCCCAGCUUCUAGAAGUCCCAGCAGCACUCCCCCCGGCCAAGAAGGGCAUUCAGAAGCUUCGCUGCGGCAAGUGCAUGCGCGUCUCACGCUUCCGAGUCAACCCAGCAGACCCACGCACUGCUGCCGCUGCUGCUGCUGCCGGCGGGGUUAGCGGCGGGGAGGGGUUUUCAGAUAACCCUGACGUGGCGGAUAGCGGGAGUGAGUAUCAGCAGAAUGAUUAUAUGCAGCAGCAGCAGCAGCAGCAGCAGCAGCCUCCCAGGUACGACCAGGUCGCAGGGUUCUGGGGCGAGAUGGGCGGCCCAUGCCUCGGCAUCAUCCCACCGGGUAUUGAGUUUGGGACGCCGAUCCCGGUGGACUGUGCGGGAGGCGCGACGCGGGUGUAUGUGAACGGGAGGGAGCUGCACAAGAAGGACCUGGAUCGGCUCAUGAAGAGAGGGCUACCAUCGAAGCCCAACAUGUCGUACCGAGUGGAGAUCAAUGGGAGCGUGUAUGAUGAGGAGACGGGUGACUACCUCCUCAGCCUGGGGAAGCUCGCACCCUCGUGA